AGCGCAGGAGGGAGGAUGAAAGCCACAACAGGUGAAUUUCGUAAGAGGAGGAACAAACAAACUCAAAGAUGAGGUGGCUCAACGUUUUCUUUGCUGCUGGCAUCCUUGUUUCAGGAGUCUACUGUGCCGACGACACAAUUGCCUGGUGUUAUCACCUCCCAACUUGCAAUUACACUACAUGGCCGACUAUCGCUGCAAAUUUUUGCAAUAGGAGCAGACAGUCACCAAUCGACAUUGAUACGAACACAGCCGAAGUGAAUGAAAGCCUGAAUGCUUUCACCUUCACAAACUACGACAGUGAUAACAUACUGGACAUUAUAAUCAACACCGGCAAGACGGUCAAAGUAAACUUCAAAACUGGGGCGCGGGUUUCCGGGGGAGGUCUCUCGGAGCCCUACGACGGCCUACAGUUCCAUUUGCACUGGGGAAAUGGCAGAAGCAGUCCUGGGGCUGAGCACACAGUGAAUGGUGUACGCCACCCUAUGGAGCUCCACAUUGUUAACGUCAAGUCCAGCUUGAAUUUGAACACCACUGCAGCGGUGAAUGACCCCACAGGACUUGCUGCUCUUGGCUUCUUCAUUGUGGAAAGAGAGAACACGAGCAGUGAACCCGAGGGCUGGCGCAAACUCACCUCCUACCUAAAGGACAUCACAGAGCAAGGUCAAAAUACCACCAUAACAGAAUCCAUCUCACUCAAUGACUUGCUGGUUGGUGUGGAUCGCUCCCAAUAUUAUCGCUAUCUUGGCUCGCUGACCACACCCAACUGCAACGAAGCUGUGGUCUGGACUGUGUUUAAGGAUCCAAUUGAAGUCAGUGCAGACUUGAUUGAUAUGUUUGGCACAACUGUGCGUAUCGGUAAUGAAACAUCUCCAUUAAUGAGGGAUGUAUACAGGGGCAUCCAACCACGUCUGGCGGUAACCCAAACUCAGACUCGGAAUGAAACGGACUCCAGUCCAACCAACUUCAGCGGCAUUACCAUGUGCAUCUCCCUGGCGCUAAUUGCGCUGACCUUCAUACUGGGAAACAGAUACUAAUCUGAUUUUAAGCUCUUGAAGAUAAACCACUUCAUGAAUAUACCUGCACUAAAUAAUCUCAACAGUUCCCCCAAUGUGAGUGUGCGAGUGUAUGUGUAACCAAAUCCACAUUAUGAAUGAUAUUGCACUGAAUGCCAAAUGCUGUCUCAAUAAUUCUGCAUGUUUUAUUCCAACAUGUAUUGUCUUACAGUAUAAACAAGGUUAAAGUAAGUCUAAUGCUUCUCGAACCUUUUUUUUUUUAACAGCAGCAAUUUUCCCUUGCAUUAAAUGCACAUUUAGCAGAACUAUUAUGUGAAAAUGUAAGUUAAUUGUUACAGAAAUAAAGGAAUUUAUGAAGGUUUCAAAAUAAAAAAAUACCGAAAGCA